UUGAACAGUAAAGUUUUUAUUUGCUUCAUAAGAUUUGUUCUUUGUAAAAUGGAUAGAAGAUCAACAUUUCGAUUACGCUUUCCUUGGUCUUCUGCAUCUGAACCUGAACCUGCAACCAAACCAGCCACUCAGCCUAAUACCAAAUCUACUGGUUCUAGUCGAACAACUCGUCAGGGGACGAGAUCACAGCCUUCCAGCAGCACUAAAUCCAAAAAUAGCCCUUCCUCUAGUCCUGCAAAUGAAAACUCAACUCCAAAGCAGCCACCAAGUUCCACUACAACCGCGAUAUCUGGAAAGCCUUCUUCACCACCAAAAGUGCCUAGCCAGCCCACCACCACGAGCACAAGCGCUUUACCUGAAACUCUAACAAAUCCCCCUCAACCUUCAGCUGAAAACAAAGCUCCUAUCGAGUCCUCUACCACAAACACUAAACCAACAAAUGGUCCAGCUAGCCCAAAAAAUGAAACUCAAACCCCUACAUCCACAAUAUCUGAGAGACCACAAUCUAGUCUUCCAGGAGUUGCUCCCUCCGGAGCUGAAUCUCAAUCCUUGAUACCAUCUCAAGAACAUCAAGGCCUCUCUUCUCAACCAGCUUCACCAUCUGAUGUGGCAAAUAAGUCCAAUGCAUCUCAGCCUCCAUCUCGUCCAGCUCCUCAAUCACAAGAAAUGAGUCCAAAAUCCUCCCCAACACGCAAUGGUCCUCAGGUCCUUUCAACUGACCAACUUGCCCCAAAGCCAGCUAACCCUGUGAGGCAGACUUCUUCAAAUCCAUCUGAUAUAACAUCUCAAAUGCAACUGAACGAUCAGACAAUUUCCCAGCCAACAUCUCCACCAAAACAAUCACAAGACAGCUCAGAAAUUUCUCCCAAAUCCACCAAAACACUUCCAUCAAACUCUGAAAAAGAACCAAUGCCGGCAACAGUUAAGCCUCAAUCAGAACAAAUGGAGCUUCCCAAGAAAGAAGCCAUAUCUGGCACAUUAAUUGAAGCAAAAGAUAAGUCACCUGAAAAUGUAAAACCUUCAGAUUCUUCAAGAAUCACUAGUGAACCUAAGACAGCCAGGCCGUUGGAGACAAACAUCCCGGAAACUAAAGAAGUGAAGGAAGUAGUGCAACAGACCGCGGAUCCAGACAUUGUGUUUCAAUCAAAGCAAGCAUAUACAGAGAAGCAAGCCAAUUCUGAUAAUGAUCAAAUUCGGGUGAACCGUGUCUCUAAUGGAAAACAGACAAGAACAAUUUCAGCUGAACCAGAUAUACCCCUUAACAAAGAGGUAAAAGAUAACAUCUCAAAGUUUAUUAAUAGGAUGACAGUUGGAGAUGGCAAGCAAAAAUUGGAAGAGGGGCCGGUGAGCGUAAUCACCCUUGCAGGGGAUAACAGAGGAGCAUCUAUGCAACUUAGUUCAAACUCAUCAAGAAAAGGAAAGGCAGUUCACAUUCACAGAGGCUACAAACUGAAUGCAGAUGAAACUGCCGAUGCAACCACAGAUGCAGAGGGAACUUCAAAGGGAAAACAGACAAACGAUGCAAGGACGAUGAAAGAUCAAGAACUAGAGGCAUACAUGAACUGCAAUGUGCAGGGGCUCAACAACUCAAUUACAUUUGACAGUACUAUUGAGGGGAAAAAUCCAGGUAUACAUAUGACAUUCCCUCGUAUGCCUUCCGAACCACCAAAAACAAGUGAGAAAACUGGACUGUUUGAGGCACACAAGACCGAAUAUAAUGUUACCCGUGCCCAGAAACAUACAUACAAGCCAACAAUCAAAAGAAGAUGUCUCGAAGGGCUUUUCGUUGAACCAAGUGAUUCUGAUUCAGCCAACCCUGAAAAACCUCGGAAACAUGGCUGUCAUGUUGGCGGUAAGAAGAAGAGAGAUAAUGAUAUCGACAUUCUUUGAAACUAAUGCAUGUAACUAAUGAAAGUUAACAUAUCAUUUUAUACAUAUUCAAUAAUAUCUGCUGAAAGAAAU